ACUUUCUUCAAAUCAUUGUUAUUACAGGUGAUGUCUGUGGCAGGGGAUAUCUGCUAGCCAACCUCAGUUUACUCAGAGCUUCGUUAGCUAACUUAGCUUACUCUUUAAACUUAAAUUGAGUGAUGUUGGGAGGAAAUGCGAUAUAUUUAGUUGUUGUCAUCCUAAAAUAGACAUUUAUCUGGAAAGUUCAGGUUAAGUUAUCCUGAAUUUAUUUGGAAAACCAUGGACGUCUGCACUAAACCUCUGUGCUACGAGCUCCUGGCAGAAGUAGGAGAGGGGUCCUACGGGAAAGUGUAUAAAGCCCGAGAGGUGGGGGAGAAACAGCGCAUCCUGGCGGUGAAGAAAUUCAACAUCCACGGAGACACUUCAGAGACCGGGAUCCCUGCUUUCAUGCUCCGCGAGGUGGCGCUGCUGCGCAAAAUGAAGUACUUCAACCAUCCAAACAUAGUCAAGCUGUUGGAUGCAUCUGCUAUACCAGUGGGCCGGAGCCUGGACCUAACUCUGGUGCUGGAAUACAUUGACCAGGAUCUGUCCACCUACCUCUCCAAGGUUCCCGCUUCUGGACUGAGCCGUGACUGUAUUAAGGAUUUGAUGCAGCAGCUGCUGCGAGGAUUGGACUUCCUACACACAAACAUAGUGCUGCACCGUGACCUAAAACCAGAAAACAUCCUGGUCAGCAGCCGUGGAGAAGUCAAGAUUGCGGACUUUGGACUGGCUCGCAUCUACACCUUCAAUAUCGCGCUCACUCCAGGUGUAGUAACGCUGUGGUACAGAGCUCCUGAGGUUCUGCUGAACUCUGUCUACAUGUCCUCAGUGGACAUGUGGAGCAUUGGCUGCAUCUUCGCUGAGCUCUUCCUCUUGAGGUCUCAAAAUAGAAUAAAUUUACCACAUGACGUGUUCUCCCACAGACCACUGUUUCAGGGAUACACAGAGGUACAGCAGCUGCAAAAAAUCUUUGAGGUAAUUGGUUUGCCCAGUGAGGAGGACUGGCCCAAGGACAGCCCGAUCUCAUACUCAGUCAGCUGGGGACCAAUCAAAGGCUCCUGCACCAAUCUGCUGCACAACCUGGGCCCAGACGAGAACGACCUACUAUCUUUUUUUGUAAGGUGUGACAUCUCCUUACCCGCAGCAAUGUUUGGCAUUCAGACCGAGCAGCCGUAUCUCGGCUGCCAAAGCCCUGGCUCAUCCUUUCUUGAUGAAGCACUGAAGAUUUCAGUCGAAUGCUGAUUGGGAGAAGAAAAACCUCAGCUCCUUCUGCUUCCUCCUCAUUCUGCUGUCAGCUACACUAACUAGCCUUGUGCCAUAAAAUCCACUGUACACAUUGGUCAGAACGUGCAUGGUUUAUUGGCCUUGACAGCUUUAAAAAACAGUUCACCAGCAUCAUGAAAAACUAUGGUCAGGUUUAAGGGGAACCACUUUACACCUUAAGUAAGUAAGAAACACAUUAUGCCUGACUUAUGGAACAUGUCUAUAAUGUCACAAGUUACUGGACACAGUAACAUAGAUUGUGAUGAAAAUCCAGAAGGUUUAUUUGGUAAAACAAAACAGUUUUGACAGUUGAAUAGUUUUAUUUUUCUUUGUUGUCUAAAUUUGACCUGGCUUCAUAUGAUCAGAGUAAAAGUAUGUUCUUUGAUUUGAGUACUUGUACGUUGUGUAUUUCCCCAAAAUGUAGUGCUACUUUGUUAUUGUUUGUUACUAUUAAAAAGAGGGAUUUCUGUUUUGCAAACUACUGACAGCACUAUUAUGAACGCAGUUGAUGAGUUUGUUUAUGUUGCUUCACCGAAGCUGUUUUGUUCUAGACUUGGAUACACUGGAGGAAAUUAAGUAAUUUUUGUUGUUUUUGUGAAGAUAUUUAUGGUGCAAUCACUGGAAUAGAUUACACCUGUAUUUAUGUUUGUAUUGACAAAUUGUACAAGAUAUUUUUCUACACCAGUGUCACUGUUUAUUCAAGCAUUUCUAUAAAUAACUGUCUCUCAAA